AUGAUUGACCACCUCUAUCUUCGUGUGUCCAACUACGCCGCCAGCAAGGCGUUCUACUCCAGCGUUCUCGAGGCAAUUGGCGCCAAGGCCAUCAUGGAAUUCCCGGGCCUCUGCGGCUACGGUCAACACGGCUCAGCCUUCAAGCAAGUCAAGUUCUUCAUCGCCGACGCUGCAAAGGGGCCAGAGGUGACACCCAUUCACUGUGCAUUCCGCUGUGAGACGUCACACGAGGUCGACGAGUUCUAUAACAAGGCACUUGCUGCGGGCGCGAAAGACAACGGCCAGCCGGGCAUCCGCGCACACUUUCAACCCAACUAUUAUGCCGCCUACGUCCUCGACCCCGAUGGGCACAACAUCGAGGCAGUUUGUCACACUGGGAUCGACAAGUAG